AUGUUUGGUGACCCAACUCUCCGGCCCAAUCCGCGGGAGAGAACAGGGCUUUCGCCCCAGGCCUCACAAGGUCGGGAAGGGUUUCCGCGAGCUCACCCUCUCCACUCGCGCACCCGCCGCCGCUUCCUUUAUCUCACGCACCCGUCGUCGCCUCCUCUCCCUCGCGCAAUUGGGGCCAGCUGUUGGGACGACGUUGAGGACGAGGGCGAUGACGUGGUCGGCCUCCUCCACUCUGUGGAGACAACCAAGGCGGUCGCGGUGGCGGUCGCUAGCAUGCAACCCCACUGAGUCGAGCUCAUACGGCAGCUCGACGCCUCCUGUGAGACACGCCGCCACGAGCCGCCUUCUCCACCCACAUCUGCACGCGCAACACAAAUCUCGUCGUCGGCAGCUUCCACACCGCCACUAUGGCAGCCAGUAGGAGGGCCAGCGACAGCCGCGUCGCCGUUAUUCCUCUGACCCUCUUGCUGAUCGAGAGAGGUGGCUGAGAGAGGUGGACCGGCCGACCGGAUGAGCUUGUGGCUAGCUGGAGGAAGAGGUGAGGAGAUGUAUGAUCUGAAUGGGAGUGGGUAGUGGUGGUGGCCUGGCGACGGACAGCAGUGCAGAGUGACGACCUUGCUGCUGUUGUGUCAUGGCGAGAGUGCUUUAGUAGCUUCUUUAUUUGUUUUGACCAGUCUAUAAAAUAAACAAAGAAUCAUUAGCAAUUAUGUAACCACUUGCUUGUGGAUUGUGGUAAUUAUGUCAUAUACGAUAAAACC